UUUGGAUACAAAAUACUAGUAUUUUGAGAAUGCACGAGCGACCCGCGUCGACAACAACCACAACGAAGACGCGGGAGAACGUGGGCUGCGGCUUCCUCCUUGGGUUCGUCAUCCUGGCGGUGUCUGUCGUUUUGCUCUUCGCGAACGAAGGCAGGUCGGUCCGCGAACACGCAGGGUUGCAAGAAGCUCUGGCACAAGUUGUCGAGUUCGACGAUACGAAGAACGUCGUGUCGAAGCUCGUGCACUUGACGGGGCGAUUGACGACUGUAAACGAUCACGAGCGGCCUUUGGUCGUGGACGCCGAGUUUGGUGUGGCAACUACAGGCAUUCGCCUCCACCGCAUCGUUGAGAUGCUGCAAUGGGAAGAGGAGCGCCACGACCACACGUACACUGAAGACGGACAAGAAAAGACCGAUACCACGUACUCGUACAAAAAAUCGUGGAGCACGGACGCCAUCGACAGCGAUCGCUUCCAUGAUGCGAGCUACGUGAAUCCGUCGACGUGGACGUACACGUCCAAGACGACGACUGCGCCAUCGGUGGUUCUUCGCGGAUACAGUGUUCCGAACGAGUUGCUCGAUAUGAUCUCAACUCGGAACGAAGUGGCGCUAGACACUGCCAGUCUCGAGCAAAUGGCGUCAAUCAUGGAGCUAGCUCUGCAUGUAGAGCAACGGGUCGACUCGAUCCCGGCGCUCCAGACGAUGGAAAUUCGCCACAACCAGUUUUUCUCCAAGCCGACCGGCAACAAGGUCAAGGCACGGGACCGAGCCACCGCCACCGUGGGAGACAUGCGAAUCAAGUUCCAAGUGACUCCGGCCAACGUUGUGAGCGUCCUCGCGAUGCCAACGCGCGGCGCAACCUUGCACCCGUUCACGACGUCGUCGGGGGCCACGAUUGCGUUGCUGGAGGAAGGAAUCGUGAGCGCGGCUGACAUGAUUGCCCAUGCAAAGACGUUGGUGUCGCUGUACACGUGGGGCCUUCGCUUCGUCGGCCUCGUGCUCGCCGUGCUGGGGUACUAUGUCCUGUUGCAGCCCGUCGUGGACCUCGCGCACCUGUUUCUGCAUGUACCGCUCGCGGGAUCGUUUGCGGUGGCAGUCGUGUCGUGGAGUGUGGACGUCAUGAGCGGCCUCUUGGGGAUCAGCACGGCGCUCGUUGUCAUGGCAUUUGCAUGGGUUUGGUACAGGCCGCUCGUUGCGCUCGGCCUCGUCUUUGUGGCCAUGACGCCGUACUUUGCCAUGCCCAAGCCGAAACGUGCCAACACCAAGUUGGCCGUGGCAUAAGGACCAUCGUAGUGGUCUGUCGUAUCGAUUUGGAAUCGUGGUCGAGCCAUUGUCCGUGGAGCAUCGCCGACUUGUUCAAAACAACCCAUUUGUACAUCGCGUCAACGUUGAUACAGCGACGAACUGCGACGUAGAGUGCGCAGCGGUUUAGUGGUAGCGCGCAAAGAGGUAACGCCGUCCGCGAUCGCCCGCCUAUCCUCCGAACGAGGCUCGUUGAAGCGGUGACAGGCCCUUUUUCAGCCCGUACUUCGGCCCGUUGUUCCUCGUCUGCAUCUUCGCGAUGUCCAGCCGCCCGGCCAAACGUAUGCGACUCCAUCCACCACCCACGCAACACAAAAUGGUAUCGUCUGUGGCGAACUCUUCUCGUCCACCGCAACCCCGCGGCCUCAACGUUACCGAACGCACCCACUUGAGGCGCCGCUCUAGGAAAUCCCAUCAACAAUUCCAUGCCACCUGCAUGACUCUGAACAAAGGAGACGGCUGCAACCAUGCGCGCCCGCGAUGAAAGGCCUUUCGGUCAUGUUUAGAGUCCCAUGGCUUUCGACGAAGACGUCGCCAGGUCACCCGACGGACGCAAUGGCGUCGAAGGCAGUCGGAGAGACAUCACUCGGACACUCUUCCUAUGUCCGACCAAUCGCCGGGACAAUGACAACACGACCUCAGCACAAACUGGCCACAACAAGAGGAGAUCCUCGCUCACGUGUUGAAAGCGUAUGCAGUCCGCAACGACUGUGUCGGUGUACUUGCAAUGGAUGCACUUGGUCGCGAGCAACCUGAAUCGCGCGAUGGACCCAGCCAAAUCGCUCUGGUGACGAUGUCCGCGAGGCGCGUCUCGUCCAUGAUUCGGACCUUUGUUGGGUGUUGGCGCUAGUGCCAUGACGGGUCUUUUCAUCGACGUCAUGGAAGCCCUCAUGGCACACCACGGCGUCAACACAUCGCUGGCCAAGCAGCCCAUCGUCCGUCGAUUACCGCAACGACUAGUUCUUUUCCAACUCCACGGCACCGCCACGAUUGCACCGACUGGUUGGACGCAUUGUUUGACCAGAGGCAGCCUGGUCGUGGAGCGCGUCUGGGAGGGGCUUGCCGACGCUGGGCGCAACCCGUCUAAGCCGUCGAGCACGGCUUGCUGUGCAAGGUGCUUCGCUGGCCGUGUUACACCAAUUCAGUGAGCAAUUCUUGGAGGCCAUGGACGCCCCGGCGAUUCCAACGACCCUAUGGAGUGCAUUGUCGCUGUCAGUAGCUACGCAAGGAGAAACCUUUACCAAUUCUUCGAACGAUGGUAUGGUGCCAUAGACUCAUGCUAGGUCCACAGCCUCCAUCACCAGCUCGACUUUGAUGACGUCAAGACGCGAGAGGCAGCUAAAGUGUUGCGAGGAAGAGAGUUCUGGGGAUGGACCCUC